AUGUCUCAUGUUAUGAUGUGGACCUUUUUCUUGUUCCUCCUCCUGGACCUGACUAACUUCUCUCACACUUAUGACUUCUGGAAGCACCAUAUGGACUACCCCAUGACCAAAGUCUCAGGAAGUUCAAACCUUUACCGUAAUGUGAUAACGCAGCAGAGGGAACUGUUUAAGAAUGGUACCUGCAGGCUAGCCAACACCUUCAUCCAUGAAAGUACCCCCUACAUUGAAAGCUUAUGUUAUAAUGUUCCUGUGCCCUGCAAAAUUAGACGCAGGCGCAAAUGUCACCAAAGCCCCAACCUAGUCAGGGUGACUGAUUGCUUUAACAUAUCAGAUAACCAGCCCCCUAACUGUCAAUACAGGACGAAGUUCAAUUAUCGAAAGAUUAGGGUGAUUUGUGAGAAUGACCGCCCUGUCCACCUGGAUAGCUAG